GUAUACGCUAACAAAUGUCAUGUGACCUGAGUGACAAAAGAUCUCAAAGUUUUCUUUUGUUUUUUGUGUGAUUAGAUUUCAUAUUUUCAUGGUUUGAAACUAUUCACAAGUUGUCAAUUUUACGAGAAGAGUUUUUCAUUUGCUUUACGAACUAAAUCGAACAUGUGAAAAUGAAAGGGAUGAUUUAUUUUAUUGCAGUAUUCUUCAUCUUUAAAACAGUCCACAGCACGUUAUGUUAUGAGUGUGUCUCUUUGAAUGAAGUAUGGUGCACAGAAUACUUUGACGAUUCUUUAGCUUACCAUAACAAUAUCAUCAAUUGUACGGGUAACUGCAUGAAGUUGAUUGCUCACGUUGAUAAGGAAAAAGAAUUUUACGUGAGGACAUGUGACAUUACCCAUGGUGCACCAGGAACUUGUACGACAGCCAGUCAAGUGUUAGGAAUACCUGUCAGUACAGUAUGUGUAUGUGGAACCGAUGGAUGCAAUAAAGCGUAUAUUACAAGGAAUUAUUCUUUGUCAACAAUUUGCUCAAUACUCGUCUCUUUUUUGUACAUUUAUACAAUCUAAUUGUUUUAAAUAUUUGUAUGCAUGUUUUCAUUGUUAUUAAAGUGUUGCAGACUA